UGAUUCAGAGUGAUUCAGAGUUUUCUCCAGGAACUAGGUGUGAGCCAGCAGUUCCCAGCAUCACAGGAGUUUCUUAUUUCCUUGUCCCUCUCUUCCCCUCUGUGAACUUUCCUUUGAGCUCCUCAGAAGAUGAUGAACCAAAGCUGGAGAAAUGCCAGGACGUGCUGGUUCAUAGAGCAGGGAGAAGAUACCGUGGAGAAGGGAUAAUUAAGGAAGUCCCCAGUAAAAUUAUUCCUUUUAUGUAUCUUCCUGAGUAUAGAAGCAAAUGGGACAAGGCAUUACAGUCUUACAAGCUGUUAGAAAGGAUUGACCAGGACACUGGUAUAUACCACAGUGUAACACAGAGUUAUGGCAUGGGGCUGAUUUCCUCCAGAGAUUUUGUUGACCUGCUGCAUGUGAAACCAUACCCUGGUGGGAUCCUUACAACUAAUUCUGUCAGUGUGGAAUAUUCCAGCUGCCCUCCUACUCCCUCUUGUGUCCGAGGUUUUAACAAUCCCUGUGGAUAUGUGUGCUCACCUCUGCCUGAGAACCCACAACAUUCUAAACUAGUGGUAUUUAUUCAGCCAGAACUGGGAGGAAGGCUCCCCUGCUCUGUGGUGGAGACAGCAUUACCUACAACCCUUAUAAACUUAAUCACUGAAACAAGAGCUGGACUGCAAAGCUUGAAAGACCAGAAUGAAACAUGAAGUGGAAAAUAAUCAGCACUUCCCUCCCACACAUCUUGGACCUGGAUUUGUUUUUAAAGCAGAUGCUGAUGUUUAUUUUAGCUGGGGUUUAUGUGGAAGUGGCUGAAGUUUACUGUUGAGAGAGGUGAAUGCUGCUUUUCUCUGGUUUGGGGGUUGAUUUAUAUCCUGAAGUGCCAUCAAAGUGCAGGAUGUCACUUGCAGUGCUAUCAGGGGAUGUUUUGUGCUAUUUUUGCACUUUAUAUGUAGAGGAAAAGAAAAAAAUAAUAUAUAUACACCUAGAAUCUGGUGAUGUAAGAGCAAUGUUAAGUAGUAAAUAUUUUGCCCUGGUUUUAAACCCACUUUGCUACAUUUUUACCUCAAUUAUCUACUGACUGAAACAAUCUUGUGCACUAGAGGCUUGAAGCAGGUUUAUUAGCUGUAAUUAGCAACUAUUUCAGUGCAGCUGAAGGAAAGCCUCAUGAAUUUGGAUCUAGCAUCUCAUUAAAAGCUGCUCUUUGUAGAGAGUUGUCAUUUUUUGACUCUUGAGUGCCAAAGUUAAACCAUUUUUCUGCUGAUAGGAUCAAUUUAGAAGUAAUAUUUCCUUUCUCCCUCAGGAUUUUAAUCCCUCUAGUUACC